AUGGCUCCCACUGAGCUCCAGAAGGCCGUGGACCGCAACAAUCAUGUGGACUACGUCAUCCGUUACAGCUUUGCGCAGACGGACUCUAAAGACGCCGAUAACGAGCUUGAGCUGUUGCUCCGACGUCUCCAUGAAGUAGGUUUACAGAGUGAGGUGAGGGAGGGCGACGAAUCGUCGAUCCUGGUCUUCGUGCGGGCUUCCAGGAAGAAGAGCCUGAAGCGCGCGGUCUACCAGUCCCGAAUCCGCGAUUGGCUGUAUGGUGUUCGUAACACCGAACCGGAACCAGAGGAUUCGGCAGAACCUCAAACGGAAUCGGAGCGGUUGCGCGUAAUUUACCAUAUGAUAACUGUCCCUCGCGAAGGGGGCGGCGCUGGGAUCAUUCCUAAGUCCGAUGAAUGGAAAAAUGUCGUUGCCAUUUUCCCGCUACAUGACCAGGAGGCCAACAGCCAGUGUAUCAGGGACUGGAGUCGCAAGACUUUCUUGACGACGGAGGAUCUGGAUCAGAUACGGAAUACUUUCGGAGAGAGUGUCGGAUUCUACUUUGCGUUCUUGCAGUCGUACUUCAGGUUUCUUCUCUUCCCUGCGGCGUUCGGGUUCUCGUGCUGGGUAUUGCUCGGUUCUUUCUCGACAAUCUACACGGUUGUCAACGCUCUAUGGUGUAUCAUCUUUAUCGAGUACUGGAAGCGACAGGAGGAAGAUCUCAGCUGCCGAUGGCAAACACGUGGAGUGUCGUUCCUCCGCCCCAAGCGGCGGGAAUUCCAGCCGGAGAUGGAGGUCCGCGAUGAAGACACCGGCGAGAUCAGAGGUGUCUUUCCCCAGUCCAAGCGUAUCCAGCGGCAGCUCCUGCAGAUUCCUUUCACCGUGGUGGCGGUGAUCGGUCUGGGUGUUAUAAUCGCUACUUGCUUUGCGAUUGAAAUCUUCAUCUCCGAGAUCUACAACGGACCGCUCAAAGGAUACCUGGUGUUUAUUCCCACCAUUCUUCUGUCGGCCCUCAUCCCAACAAUGACUACGAUACUGGUUUCCGUCGCGACCCGACUGAACAACUAUGAAAACUACGAGACCCAGGCAGCCUAUGACGUAGCUCUAACGCGGAAAAUUUUCAUUAUCAACUUCAUCACCUCUUAUCUGCCGAUUAUCCUAACGGCCUUCGUCUAUCUCCCCUUUGCCAGCUACAUCGUGCCGUACUUGGAUGUCUUUUCGCUCACGGUCCGUCCGUUCGUGAGCAAGGAGCACGCAACGAAGGCCCGCACGAAAUUCACCAUCAACCCCGACCGUCUCCGCAAGCAAGUCAUUUACUUUACUGUUACGGCCCAGGCUGUGAAUUUUGCACAGGAGACGAUCGUCCCCAUGCUCAAACAGCGCUUCGCCCAGAAGUACAAGGAAUACCUCAAAAAGCGCAACAAGCCUGUUCCCGAAGACGGAAAGGCGACCAAGGCGCGCGCAGCAUCGUUAAAGGAUGACCCCAACGAAGCGGUAUUCCUUGCCCGCGUCCGCAACGAAGCGGAGAUGGACGAUUAUGAUGUUACCGACGACCUGCGCGAGAUGUGCAUCCAGUUUGGCUAUCUGGCGCUGUUCUCGCCCAUCUGGCCGCUCGUCCCGGUGUCCUUCCUGAUCAACAACUGGGUCGAGCUGCGCUCCGACUUCUUCAAGAUCUGCAUGGAAUGCAAACGCCCCUGGCCACAGCGUGCAGAGACUAUUGGACCGUGGCUGGACAGCUUGAGCUUCCUCUCUUGGGUUGGAAGCAUCACGAGCUCGGCGCUCGUCUACAUGUUCCGCAACGCACAGGUUGCGCCGAACGGCCAGCCAUCGACCAUCCACGGCUGGGCCCUUUUGUUGACCAUCUUCUUCUCGGAGCAUCUGUACCUCCUGGUUCGAUAUGCGGUGCAAGCCGCCAUGAGCAAGCUGGAGCCGCCCAAUGUGCGCAAGGAACGCACGGAGCGGUACAACAUGCGGAAACGCUAUCUUGAGUCGACUCUACAAUCGCGGGUGAGCAGUGACGACGAGUCUGAUGAGCCCGCUCCACCGGCUGAGGCCGACUCUGGGGUUGAUCUGUCACAGAUUACGCGGCAAACUUUGGAGGAGGACGCGCGCCAGUGGUCCCGACACGGGACAGAUCCGGCGGAGAAGUUUUGGCAGCGUCAGAAGGGAUGGAGAGAGUCGGCGAUUGUUGCGUCUUCGAUUGUUCGCACGUUGACGGCGGAUUCGGAGUCAAAGAAGGAGCAGUAG